AUGGAAAUUGAAAGUUUAGGACAGAUGAGAAUUCUUGAUCCUUUUCUUUUUGUUAAUCAAGUGAAUGAUGGGAAAGUAAUGAGAAGGGUUGCGCUAUCGCCGAGAGCUUUUAGCUUACAACUUUUGACGCCUGAUUUUGGGGGUGUCAACGUUCUCAGCCCGUUUGCAUUCGUACCCAGCAUACUAUCGCCUCGCGCCGCAAUGCUAAGCGUACUCUCGCCAAAUGCUUUCACAUUACAACUAUUAGCACCCGAAGCUUUUCGUGUUGAAGUAAUCAGUCCCCAAACUUUCAAUGCUAAAGUAACUCCAAAAAACAUUCUAAAAUUAAAUUUCAAUUUCAAGAUCCUCUCUCCUAGAGCUUUUAUUGCCUAUGUUCUUUCACCAAGACUAGUAGUUGCGGAAAUUUUAAACCCAAAGGCUUUCGAAGUUCGUGUGCUCACACCAACUAUUGUUUCGUUUACAGUGCUGAGUCCCGGUAUUUAUUUUGUAAAACAAAGAAAACUCUUCGGAAGACUGUAGGACGUCGAAUUUAUCAUGUAUAGUCGAUAGAUAUAGGUGGACUAGCCCAAGCAUAAAUCAACUGUAACUCGAAGUCCCACAGACUCGAAGUCCAAAAGGCAUCCAAGGAGGACCCCUUCCAACUAAAAACCGGGCUAUAAGUGUAAUAUGAGAAUCGGAACACCGAUGAUUCACCGGAACCUUCCAACAG